GCGCUGUUUCCUCCCGCGGAAAGAACGCCUCCAGCGCACUGCAUCCUCAAAGAGAGAUGUUCGGGAGUUGCUGGGCACUUCUACCAACACCCGAGCCGUGGCCUGGACCGAGCUGCAGCCGGCCGCGCUGAAACAUGGGGGGCCACAGCGACUCGGCGCGGUGACGGGAACGAAGGUGCCCUCGGAGGGGAGGGGGUGGAUGCCAGGACCGCCAGCGCCGCCAAGGAGGGAGCGUCAGGGAUUGGGCAGGAGAUCCGCGCGGCCCCGCGCGCCGCGCGCGAGCGCGCGCACGGGCCUCCGACGAUCGAUGGCUUCAAAAUCGCGCUCAAAACAAAAAACGGCCGCGGCCCCCCAGAACGGAACGGUGGACGGGAGGGCCGCAGCAGUGACGCGGGCGGAGUGGGCAGCGGCGGCGCUGGCGCUGCAGUGGCGCUCCUCCCGCGGAAGGACUCCCCACACACGCCUGGGGCGAUCUCACGCAGCCUCGGCGACGAGGCUGCGGUCCGCUCAUCGGGGGGGACCCGCGCCUGAACACGCCGCGGCCGACCUCGGCCGGGCCGCGGCCCUGGCCCCCGAGCGGCGAGAGAGUCACGCCGCGGUCCUGACUCCGCGCUGCCACCGUGGAGCAUCGUCGGCGCUUAUCCGCCGAGCGGGCU